UAACGGCAAAUAUGUAAUCUUUUCAAUCACUAGACUUUGCCCUUUCAUAUUCAAUAAACAAAUUAAUUCCAAACACUUGGAUAGCGUCAGUACUUGGUCAGUACAAAAACUACCACUAUUACACCUCGAUGUGAAAAGAUUAGUUUUUUGUUUCAGUGGACCCAUAUGAUUACAAUACUGAAAUGUCGUAUUAUACAACCUCAAGUCCAAGCAGGGAUCGUAUGAACGCGACCAUCAGCAGUCAGAAAUCAUAUACAUCAUAUUCAUCGCUUCCAAGGAGAACGGGAGGCGCAAGGGGCGGCGGUAGGAUCCAACGAUAUGGAACGCCCGAGUCUCCAGCAGUACGAGGGCUUAUGUCACAGUCUGCAAAAUUUGCUGGAGAAUAUGGAAAGUAUGGAUUUCAAGAUGGAUUGGAAAUUUAUGUUUUUGAACACUUUCUUAAAAUGUCAUUGGAUGAUAAACGACAAAGGAAGAAGCACAAGACAUUUGUCGAGUUGGAUGAAAUGAUACCCUGGUCGGAAUAUGCUCUGAAAGAGAAGAUACCCAAGGCAGAUGAAAUUUACUUCAGGCCUAAUCCUAAGCUAAAUGCAAAAAUAUGCCUAUGGGAAGGGGACAUAACGAGUCUUUGCGCCGAUGCCAUUGUCAAUCCGACUAACGGGACAUUGAUGAGUGGGUCAGGAUUAAAUGGAGAAAUUCAUUCACGAGCUGGACCACUAUUGCGAGAAGAAUGCAGAGAAUAUCCUAUUCUGCCUGGGAAGAGGAUGAUUCGACUCGAGACAGGAUACGCCAUAGUUACAUGUGGUUAUUGGCUUCCAGCAAAAUAUGUUAUUCACACAGUCGGUCCAACAGUCAACGACACUGUGAGAGAAAUCCAUGAAAAUUUGUUGAGCAGCUGCUACCAUGAAUGUCUUGAUGCAGUGAAAACACACAACGAACGUUACCAAAAGAUCCACAACUCCAGACAGGACGAACUCGAAGAGGUCGAAAAGAACAAAAAAACUUUAGAGAAACUCGGCUUGGAAAGUACUGAAGUUGACGGUGAAACUAUACCGGUAGAGGUCGAGUAUUCCGACAUUUCCCAGGGCAACGUAUUUCUGAAGCCUCCAAUAAAGUCAAUAGCGUUUCCUUGUAUAUCUACGGGCAUUUAUGGAUACCCUUCGGAGAAGGCUGCGGAUGUUGCAUUGAUGACGAUACGCAAGUGGAUAGACAAUCCACAUAACUACAAUGCGGUUGAAAAUUUGGAUAUGAUAAUAUUUUGCGUGAUGUUAAAUAAUGACCUGCGGAUAUACAAUGAUCUCAUUCCGAAGUACUUUCCUAUAUAUGAUGGAAAAAUAAGGAAAACCAGUCAUAUUUCCAGCCCAGCGAGGACCAAGGCAAGAGUAGCACCCGUCAUGGAGAGAAAAACUAAUACAAAUCCUACAACAGAGAUGUCUCAGAAAAUCCAGCAAACAAAAAUCACCACUUUUAGUAGCAGUCCUGAAGCCCCGAUGACUAAGAGAGUGAUGCCCUCUAUAGCCAACCGAGAUAAUAAUCGAAUACCUCAUAAUGAUCAUCUGGCAGGGGAAGUACCGUCUAAUCAAGAAAAGGGAGGAAAAUCACAUGAACACACUGAUGUAAUUAUCGUGAGGAGCACAUCCUCUCAACAACAAUCAACCCCGCCACAAGAUUCAAAGCAAAUACAUGUAAACCAAGGGAGCUACACGAUACAACAAGUGACACCGCCAACCCACAGUCACUCUGUCAAUGAGCCCCGUUCGAUAUCAUUUAAACCAAUUUCUCCAAAACCUACACAGCACAAUGCUAAAAAAGCUAAGAACGAAAAGAAGAAGGAAGACCAAUUUGCAAAGAAAGAGGCAAAAAUGUUGAAGAAACAACAAGAAAAAUCGGCAAAGAGAGAAAACAAAAAAGCUAAAAAGAUGCAACAAUUAGUAGAUGACUUCGCUCCAAUGGAUAUUGAAUUCGAUGACGACCUUUUACUGGCGCCCACUCCCGUUAAAAAUGUACCUGUUUUACCACCAGUCGUCCAGAAAGUUUCACACUCACCCGUACAAAGAGUAGUUGCCCCGUCUCCCGUUCAUAGGUUACCCACCCCUUCCUCCGGUCAACAUGAGCGAGGGAAACUUCUAACAGAAGGCCGCACUGACUUUGGUAAAAAUGUACAAACACCACAAAUUCUGACACCAACGAGGGAUUCAAUUGAUUCAGAUAUGGACUAUGACGAUGACGAAAAUGACGAUGACAUGCCGCCCCCACCAGUAAGCUUCGAUGAUGACGAAGUGUUCGGCGAAGACAGUUUCCCACCUCCACCACCACAUAGCCUUCCACCUCCAUUAAGUGACGAGGAAACGGAUAGCACACCCGUGCAGGUUCCACCAAUGUCGGUUGUGACAACAAUUUAUUAGUUAAGUUUUUUUUUUAAGAACACAUGAAAAUACUGUACUUCCAAUAGGAUCAACAACUAACGAAAUCUUUAAUGUUUUAAUAGGCAUCCAGUACAUGACAGAAGAAGUGUACAGUAAUUAUAAAUAUUAAGCCUACGAUUAAUUGUGACAAUCACGAAUAUCCGCAAAGGAUUAUAUUUUUGUUUUGCACAAACACUUUUGGCGAUGCCCCUUGCCAAGAGGAGAAAUAUGUCAAGUUGGUAUAAAAACAAAAAUUUACUUACAAAAAAUUAACUGGAUUAACCAAAAGAAAAAUUCCAAAAUAUUCUAUUGAAUCCAGAAUGAAUUUAUUUCCGCUGAAAUAUAUCGCUAUUUUGAUUAUUUGGCUAAUUAUCAUUUUCAAAAAUAAUACUGCAUUCCGAAAAAAAUAAAUAAAAUAAAAUCACUUCCCUUAUUAAUAUUCUCGCAUGUUAGCAUACCAUUGUAUAUUGUAUAUAGGCUUAUCAUGUAAGACUUCAAAAUAUGUUAUUAUUUACAAUACUGACGUCAUUUUGAAAGAGAAAUAAUAAAACAAGAUUGUAGGCCUAAAAUUUUAUGAAGCUACAGUACUCGCAAUGACGUAUUUACUCUAUGGAUUAAAUGAGGGGGAAAGCAAAUGGAACCCGGUCAUUAAAUAUUAUGCUUAAAUAGGCAAUUACCCAUUAAAACCAACUCAACUACGAUAGGUAGUUAUAGUUUCAGAAGUACGAAUCAGGUUAUCGGCCUAACUCUUGAAUAGAAAUAAAAUAAUGUUAUGUGAAAUUGGUGUAGGCAGAAUAACAUUCUCCUGAAGCGACGAGUUAUUUUUCUUUCAUGAAAUUAACAUUCUUGGAACCAUAAUUUAGUAUUUUCUCGACGGCACUGCAUGAAAAUGUUACAGUAAAAUAUUUGGCACUAAGUCGCAAAAUGACUGCCAACCGCUCCUCUAUCAGUAACUCCGACACCAAUCUAGUAUUUCUGAAUUAAUAAAAAAAAAAAUAUGCCUAGUACAAAUUGACUACUGUA